GUAUGUUCGUCCCUGCUGCGGUAAAUCAACUCUUUACUUCAACGGAGUCUGGUGCAGGUCCGUCCUGGCCGCUGAGACACCUCCACUCCGGUCUGCACCCUAAACAUCUGAAUAUAAGAAGUGAGAGAAUAGAACGAUGCUAGCAAGGACUCAGUCAGUUGCGUCAUCACCAGGCGUUGUCCGCAUCAGAUGUUCUUCAGGCUUCGUGACUAUGACUGCGACAAAGCGCAGUCCAUCAAAAGCCUCUCAUGAUGGAGGUCGCCUCCCUUGGUGAUUGUCAUCAAACUCCUAGAUCCACCUCCCUGCUCCUGUCAAACCGGCCGCUGGGAUGCACGUGAUGGGCAGCGCCUCCCCCGCCAAUGAUCAUCUCUUUUUUGACGACGGUGAAGUCGCGCCGAGCUGUAAACAGUCAACUGGCAAUAUGGAGGAGGACCAGAGAGAGCCGCCCCCUCCUCCUCCCCCUCCGCCACCCCCAUUGCAUCCCCCACCACCACUCCCACCCCUGCUUCCUGCGUUGGGAGACCUUGCUGAAGGUUUGAGGAAGAAGAAGAGAGUCAGGAGCUUCUACUGGAAAACCAUUCCAGAGGAGCAGGUGAAGGGUCGGGCCAACCUGUGGACGCUGGAUCGUGUUCAGGAGAAGUAUCAGAUUGAUGUCCAGACGAUUGAGGAGCUGUUUGGUCAAAAUGAAUCCUCUCAACCCACUGUGCCGCUCAGCAGAGGAGGGAAGGCCAGGGGCUCGUUCAGGGAGACCAAAGACGAGGUCUGCAUACUGGAUGCCAAGAGAGGGAUGAACAUUGGUAUUUUCCUCAAACAGUUCAAAAGAGCCAGUCAGGUGAUAGUGGAUGACAUUCAUCAUGGCAACAGUGAGGCCUUUGGAGUGGAACCUCUUAAAGAACUGCUGAAGCUGCUGCCAGAAACAGAGGAGGUCAGCAAGUUAGGGGCCUACAGAGGCGACGUCUCCAAGCUCUCUUUAGCUGAUACUUUUGUGUACCUGCUGAUUCAAAUCCCCAGUUACUCAGUACGAAUCGAGGCCAUGUUACUGAAAGAAGAGUUUCCUGCAGCAAGCGAAGCCAUGAAGCGCGACAUAGGCAUCCUUCGUUCUGCUACUAAAGAGGUGAUGAGCUGCGAAGAGCUUCACGCUGUUCUCCAUCUGGUGCUGCAGGCCGGAAACAUCCUUAACGCUGGUGGCUAUGCAGGCAACGCAGUGGGUUUCAAACUAUCAUCGCUCUUGUCUCUGGCUGACACCAAGGCCAACAAGCCAGGCAUGAACCUGCUCCACUUCGUUGCUCUGGAAGCACAAAAGAAAGAUAAACAGCUGCUGGAAUUCCCUCUGAAGUUAAAUCAUGUGGAGUCUGCCUCCAGAAUCUCUGUGGAGACCCUGGACAAUGAGCUGCAGAGUUGGACGUCCCGCACUAGCUCAGUGGAGGAGAACGUUCGGGGCGACACAGAGCUUCUGCAGCAGCUGGACGCUUUCUUUCAGAGUUCCACGUUGUCCUUGUGCUCUCUGCGUGAUGCACGUGAGCAGCUGUACAAGGAGGGCAACGAGCUGAUGGACUUUUUCUGCGAGGACAGAGAGACGUUCAGACUGGACGACUGCUUUGGCAUUUUCCACAGAUUCUGUUGCCGGUUCACAGACGCUGUUAAGGAGAACCAGCUCAGGGAGGCUAAGGAGUCAGCACGUCGUCGCCGCCUGCAGGAGCUGGAGGAGCAGAAGAGGCAUUCAUGGUCUGGCGCUGAAGAGGUUAACAGAACAUUUGGGACGCGGUGCAACAGUGAUACAGACAUGACAGCUGGUAAGACCGGUCUGCUGAUGGAACUCUUAUCGACCCAGUCCCAGUCACCCUCAAACAGAUCCCAUGGUCCGUUUGGGCGCUGUGGGAGCUCACGGCGGUCUCGAAACCCACCGUCCAAUUCGCCAGCUGUGAAGGCCGAACAUGACCUCUCCACACUCCUAGACAUGGCGGAGCAAGAGCAGCAGGUCACCUUACGCAGGGGCCGCCGGGAGGAAAGGACCACUUCUUCACAUGUAGCGCAAAGUCCAAAGUUAACAACAGACACUUCCCCAAAAAUCCAGCAGCCCCUCUUACGAGAGACAGACGCUCAAACCGCCUCCUCACCUGCUAGCGCUCCAACAUCAGCAGUUGAUGGUGAAAACAACGCUGUCGAGGUGAACUCAAGUGAAGACAAACCUACCUCUGAUACGAACCAGCGGCCAGACCACAAUAACAAUGGUAGCGAUGGACUCAGUGCUGGUUCUGGUGGACAGGUAUCAACCAGGAACCUUGAUGAAUGUUUGACUUCAAAACUUGAACCGGACAUGGUCUGGUAUCGGGCGCACAAUGCUCUGAGCAGCAACAUCUCCAUGGUGUUGGAGAGACAUAAACUUGUUCCAAAAUUGCAAGCUUUUGAUAUUAUUUUCAGGACACAUGGACCCAGUCAUCAUGGCGAAAGCCCUCCGGAUGAUAACAAGGUCAGAGAUCUAGAAGUGGCGAGCGAUACCCAAGUCCAGAAGGAACCUGAUGAAGCUCUGCAACAGUGUGGGGAGAGUGCGCGGGAGAAGGAUGAGGAGCCACAUGAGGACAGUGUUGUUGUGUGGUGUGUGACUGGUGUGUGUGAGGCAGCUGAGGACACAGAUGUCAGUCAGACUGAGAAUGACAAUCAUGACCAGCAAGAUACCUUUGCCACAGCCAAUCACACGCCUGCUGAGUGUCAUCUGACCAAUGAGCCAGUGCCUUUGCCGAUCAGCAGCCAACCAGUGCCUGCUUCUCACUCUGAGGACUCCCCACUUUUGCUUUCGUCCACCAGGUGGACAGUGCCACUGGAGGAUUCGUCUUCAGAGACAGUAUGUCCGGAAGGGACAGCAAAGUCGGAGGACUUGGGCUUAGCAGAGCAGGCUGAACUCAUAGAUACUGCUGCUGCUGAAGUGUCUGAGGAACCAGCUCCCUCCACUGAAGAAACUGUGGACGCUUCCACCAGUGUUUCCAAAAAAACACUAGAUACCUCAAAAACCCAAACUGUUCUGGAGAGAUCUUUGCACAGGAGUAGUAAGCACAAACCUGUCCGGACGCUGACCAACUCUGAGAACCAGGGCAUGAGGCGGGUCGUACCAAUCACCAGAGCAUCCCUGGACAAACAAAAGCCCCCGCUCCAGCGUCAGCUCCUGACGUCUGCAAGCCUCAGACGAGUGGAGAGACCCUCCUCUGCACCAUCCUCCCGGCGCUCCAGUAUUCAUAAACCUGCCGAUCCUAAAGACCCGGACAAGAAAGCUGCAGUGGCUGUCAGAAACCAGAACUUCCAACGGAAGCCAUCUGUCCGGAAGCCUGUGGAAAAGCCCAAACCUGAGGAGAAGAUGUGCCGCUCCACACUGCGAGCACUGGCUCAGGCUCAGGCUCGAGAGGCAGCUGGGGGAGGAGGAGGAAGCGCCAGUGCUCCGGUCACACCAGUCCACAAACAUACAGCGCCUUCUUCAUGUCCCAGCUUUGCACGGAACACUGCCUCUUCUUCCUUCAGACAGACUUCUUGGACUACCAUUCCCCAACAAACUCAUUCCCCCAAGUCCUCCAAAUCAUCCUCCUCCUCGUCCUCUUCCAGCGUCCCUUGUACCGCCCCAUCUCUGACCCGGACAUUCUCCACGAGACUUGCCUCAAAUACUAGGGCGUCUUCCCCUUCUUCCCCUCAGAAGAACGUGGAGAGCAUCAGAGCACCUCCCCGCUCUCCACUGACUUCUGCUAGAGGCCAUAAACGGAGCGACAGCGGCAGUUUGUCGGACAAGUCAGGUCACUCUCGGGAGUUGAACUCCAGACCCAGCUGGAGAUAACAAGAGGCUCUCGCGUGACCUUCAGCUCCCUCUAGUUUCUUACCAUGACUGAGAAGUACAUUACAAUGCAAUGUUAUGAAUUUCUGUGGAAAUGCUGGAUCAUGAGAAUUGUCACUCAAGUGUAUAAAAGUGAAAUGACUGCUGAAUACAGGAGGUUCCUGUUUUCUGUGACUGUGUCAUUCUCAUUGUCAGUCGGGAAUGUCAGUGCCAUGCUGAAUUUUGAAGCUCGCUGAAUCAACUUUUUUUUAAGCAGUAAGCAACAACAAUUGUAAAUUAUGGUUCAUUUUCAAAAGUUGCAAAAUAUUUACACAUUUAAAAUAUCUGUUCAAAGGAGGAAUGAAGUAAAAAAAAUCUCUAUUUAACGGUAAUAAAUAUUAAAAUAUUUCUUCUGUGUUUUGUGAGAGAAAAAUGAAUUGUAUUUAUUUUGAGAAUAAUGCUAUUCGGCAUGUGUUCUUUUGGGCGGGGGGUUGUUUUCUGCGUUAUUCCUUCAACUCAAGCAAUAAAUCAUUCUAAAUAAUGACCUUCUCAAAGUCUGAUACGAUCAGCAUGUUGCUCAAGCUCCUUUGUUUUUUAAAUCAUCUUUGCAAAAAGACUUGUUUCAAGGUUCGUCUUUAUUCGGAUUCAUUGUUCAACCUGUUCAUUUCAACAAGUAAUGUCGCUAAUCGGGGCACGAACGUUGUUAACUGAGGGAACAGUCAACCAUUAAUUGACAAUUUUAAAUCAAAUACAAUCGUGCAGUUGUGAUGGGAUCUGAUUCUAUGUAUGAAGUAGAAAAUGAAUCAUUUUGGAUGUAUGUGUAACAUGUAUUCUAUUAAAUAUAACAAUGUUGUUGCAACA